UUCAUCUCCAGAUCAUCUCCAGAUAAGACAAAAUGUUCUCUCUGUGGGGGAUCAUUGCCCUUUUCCUUACAAUCAACUCAAGCCAUGGUUCUGAAAUUAUCAAUGGGAAAGAAGUGAAGCCGCACUCGUUGCCCUACAUGGCUUUGCUGGAGUCAAGCCAACCAGUCUGUGGAGGAAUAUUAAUUGAUCCAAACUGGGUUCUGACUGCUGCACACUGUGAAGGCAUUAAGACUGUGUUACUGGGGGUGCACUCCAUCAAAAACAAGAAAAAAGAAAAGAAGUACCGGCAGGUCCGUAAGGUGGAGACAAGUGUACCUUAUCUUAAAUUUGACCCUCAAACAAAAGUCAAUGAUCUCAUCUUGCUCAAGCUGGAUGAACCAGUAAAGGAAACCAAUUGGGUCAAAGUUCACCAGCUGAGCAAUGUUGUCAAAGACCCAACAGAAGGCUCUUCCUGUUUGGUGGCUGGAUGGGGAAAAUCCAACAAAAAUAAACCUAUGUCAGAUGUUUUGAUGUCUGCUAAAGUUACUGUGAUUAACAGAAAGAAGUGCAACUCUCCAGACUAUUAUAAUAAUACGCCAUAUAUUACCAAGGACAUGAUAUGUGCGGGGCCAAGUGGGAAAAAAAGAGAUGCAGACACCUGUAAGGGGGAUUCAGGAGGACCAAUAUUUUGUAAUGGAGUUCUAGUUGGGGUCACGUCUUUCGGGGGAUCCGAGCUUGAGCCCUGCGGGUCAGUGAAGAGGCCUGGGGUUUACACUUUCCUAUCAAAAUACCAUCUUAACUGGAUCAGGAAGACACUGAACAAAACCGAAUAUGAAAUGUUGUCUCUGAGGGAUUUCGUUGCUUUCAUCUCCUGGGUCUUCUUCUUUUCUUUCAAUUCAAGUUAUGGUUCUGAGAUUAUUGAUGGGAAUGAAGUGGAGCCCCACUCGUUGCCCUACAUGGCUCUGCUGGAGUCAAACGUACCGAUCUGUGGAGGAAUAUUAAUUGAUCCCAACUGGGUCCUGACAGCAGCACACUGCAAAGAUGUUAAGACUGUACAGCUGGGGGUGCACUCUAUCAAAGAAAAGGAAAAGGAAAAACAAUACAGGCAGGUCCGAAGUGUGUCAAAACACAUCAUCCAUCCCUGCUAUGAUGAGGCUGAAAAACGCAACGACCUCAUGUUGAUCAAGAUGAACAAGCCAGCGAAGAGAACCAAAUGGGUUCAAAGUCUCAAGCUGCAAACUGCUGUAAAAGAGCCAGCAACCGGGUCCGUCUGCAUGGUGGCUGGAUGGGGGAAAACAAACAACCGUGGCAAAAUGUCUGACGUCCUGAUGUCCACCAAUGUGACAGUAAUCGACAGAGAGAAGUGCAACUCUCCAGAUUAUUACAACCUUAAGCCGUAUAUUAACAAGAACAUGCUUUGUGCCGGGUCAGAUGGAGAAAACAAUGCCGACACUUGUCAGGGGGAUUCUGGAGGACCAAUACUGUGCAAAAAAGUUCUGGUUGGAGUCACAUCAUUUGGGAAGUUAUGUGGCUUAAAAAAGAAACCUGGAGUUUACUCUUUCCUGUCAGAAAGGCAUCUUAACUGGAUCAAGAAGACAAUGAAGACACCUAAAACUGAAUAACUCAUAUCUAUAUUGUACUGUUAAAUUCUCA